GAUCCCCGAUCCAUCCCUGCAUCCCGGAUCCCUCCCCGAUCCAUCCCGGAUCCUUCCCGCUCCAUCCCCGAUCCCGAAUCCCUCCCGGAUCCACUCCCGGCAUCCAUCCCUGCAUCCCCGCUCCACCUCGAUCCAUCCCCGCAUCCCGGCCCCAUCCCCGGAUCCCUGCCCGGAUCCUUCCCGAUCCCGAAUCCCUCCCCGAUCCAUUCCCGGAUCCAUCCCCGAUCCCUCCCGGCCCCAUCCCGGGAUCCAUCCCCGAUCCCGACUCCAUCCCGGCCCCAUUCCCAAUCCCGGAUCCAUUCCCGGUUCCCCUCCCCCCUCCCGGCGCCCCCUCCCCAAUUCCCGGCGCCCCCCCCGGUGCCCCCCGAUGCCCCCCCGGUAGGGCGAGGCCCGGCCCCCCCUCCCCCCCCGGAGCAGCGAUGGGAGCGUCCGUGGGCUGAGCCCCCCCAGGCCCCACGGCGACGCCCGGACAGGACCAGCAUGGAGCCCUGAGAGGAGGCGCGGCCGCGGCCAUGGCGAAGCUGCUGGUGCCGCUGGUGGUGCUGGGGGCCGUGUCGGGGGUCCCGGGGGUCCCGGCGGCGGCGCCGUCGCCGCGCUGCCCCCCGCGCUGCCUGUGCCCCGCGGCCGCGCCCAGCCCCACGCUGCUGUGCGCCCGCACGGGGCUGCUGGCCGUGCCGCCCAGCCUGGACCGCGGCGCCGUGGAGCUGCGCCUGGCCGACAACUUCAUCGGCGCCGUGGGCCGCGCCGACUUCGCCAACAUGAGCAGCCUGGUGCACCUGACGCUGUCGCGCAACGGGCUGCGGCGGCUGGCGCCCGGCGCCUUCGCCGACCUGCGCGCGCUGCGGGCGCUGCACCUCGACGGCAACCGGCUGCCGGCGCUGAGUGGCCCGCAGCUGCGCGGGCUGGCCAGCCUGCGCCACCUCAUCCUGGCCAACAACCAGCUGGCCGCCAUCGACGCCGCCGCCUUCGCCGCCUUCGCCGCCACCGUGGAGGACCUGGACCUGUCGCACAACAACCUGCCGGCGCUGCCCUGGGACGCCGUGGCCGCCAUGGGCAGCCUGGCCACGCUGACGCUGGACCACAACCUGCUGGAGCGGGUGCCGGCCGGCGCCGUGGCGCGGCUGCCGCGCCUGGCCCGGCUGGACCUGACGGCCAACCGGCUGCGGGCGCUGCCGCCGGUGCCGGGGCCGCCGGGGCCGGCGCUGGCGGCCGGGGGGAACCCGCUGCACUGCAACUGCGAGCUGCUGUGGCUGCGCCGCGUGGCCCAGCCGGGCCGCCUGGAGACCUGCGCCACGCCGGCGCCGCUGGCCGGGCGGCUGCUGGGCGCCGUGCCCGAGGAGGAGCUGACCUGCCGGGCGCCGGCCGUCACCGCCGCGGCCGCGCACCCGCCGGCCGUCACCGAGGGGCAGCCGCUGCGCCUGGGCUGCGCCGCCGUGGGCGACCCGCCGCCCGCGCUGCACUGGCUGGGCCCCGACGGCCGCGUGGUGCAGAACGGCUCCCGGCGCUCGGUGGGCGCCGACGGCUCCCUGGAGCUGCGCGUGGCCACCCUGAGGGACCACGGCGGCUUCACCUGCGUGGCCGCCAACGCCGCCGGCGAGGCGGCCGCCCGCGUCGAGGUGGUGGUGGUGCCGCUGCCGGUGCCGCGCGGCGACGGCGACGGCGCGGCCGCCGAGGCCGGGCCCGGGCCCUCGGACAUGGCCCAGGCGGGCGGCAAUGACACCUGGGGGGGGCCCGGGGAGCGGCGCGUGGUGGCGGCCGAGGUGACGGGGUCCUCGGUGCGCAUCCGGUGGCUGCCGCAGCGCCACGUGCCCGGCGUGCGCAUGGUGCAGAUCCAGUACAACAGCUCGGCCGACGACGCCUUCGUCUACAGGCUGCUGCCGCCCUCCAGCCGCACCUUCGUGCUGCGGGACCUGGCCCCGGGCCGGCAGUACGAGCUGUGCGUGUCCGCGCUGCGCGUGGCCGGCGACCCCCCGCCCGCCCCCCGCCCGCUCGGCUGCGUCUCCUUCGCCACGGCCGCCGCCCCCCCGGGCUGCGCCGCGCCCCCGCGCCCCCACUUCUUGGGGGGCACCGUCAUCAUCGUCAUCGGCGCCGCCAUCGCCGCCUCCGUGCUCGUCUUCAUCCUCAUCCUCACGGCGCGCUGGAAGGCGGCGGGGGCGCGGCGCCCCCCGCCCGCGCUCGCCAGCGUCUGCUCGCAGACCAACGGCGGCCCCCGGCCCGCCGAGACCCCCGAGCUGCCGCCGCUGCCCCCGCCGGCGGGCGGGGGGCGCGGGCUGUUCCCCAGCCACAGCUACCCGCGGCGGGCGCGGCCCCGGCGGCACGGCUCGCUGCCGCGGCUGGACGCCCCCGAGGGGACCCCCCUGGGGCCCCCCCUGCGCCCCUCCUUCGGCAGCACGCACUGGAUGCUGGAGAGCACCGUGUGAGGGGGGGGGGGCACGGCGGGGACCCCCCUCCCCACGCCCCGGGGUGGUCCCGGGUGAGCAAACGCAGCCGCGGCGGUUUUUUGUGGGGAGGGGGCGUCGCGGGAGCGCCGGAUCUCGGCCGGGUGCGGCCCCCCCGGACCCCCGUGGGUGUAGCUGGGAUCUCGCCAGGUGUCCCCCCCCCCCCCAAUUCUGGGGGUACCUGUAUGCAAACCUUCCCCCCCCCCC